CUGGAGGGAGUGGGUGUUUCUCGAGAAGCAGAAACAGCAGCAGGGUCCGCACCUUUCUUCACAUACUGUGAGCUGACUGCACUUUUCAGUUGUUCGAGCUAACGGAACCAGAGAAAAGGCAUGGCCGUCCACCAGCAACCAUCCCAUGUGGUGACAGUGAUGACCACCAGCCCUGGGACAUGGAGCAGUGGCCUGUGCGAUUGCUGCAACGAUAUGAGCACCUGUUGCUGCGGUCUCUUCUGCUUCCCCUGCAUGCAGUGUCAGACAGCCGCUGACUACGGCUGGUGCUGCUGCAUGCCACUGCUGGACGUCUGUUGUGUGGUUUCCUGUGUACUCCGCUCAUCCAUUAGGGAGCGCUACAAUAUCCCAGGCUCCUUCUGUGACGACUGCUGUAAGUUAUUGUGGUGUUACCAGUGCGUCUGGUGCCAGAUGAAUCGGGAGCUGAAGAUCAGGGACAGCCGGUCAGGCACCACCUCAGUGGUCACCACACAGGCCGUCAUGGAAUAGAGGACGGCAGUUUAGGUUGUGGGUUGAAGGCGCAAUGACCUGACUGCCAAAUAGCGUAUUCCACUAGUUCUUUUUCUGAAUGUUCUUAUGAUAAAAAAAAAGCACAAGACAAAGUUUGUUCUGUUUGUGUGCUGUACAUACACGCAGUCAGCUUUCGUCCGUUACGACUGAGCAUUUCUUCAUUGUGUACUAGUCAUCUACUAUUUUGUAACACCUGGAUUUAGCCGUAUUUUAGAAGUAACUUAGCUGUUUAAAGCCUAAAAUUCACAGUGUUUUCUGUUGAAUGUGAACAUGUUGAGGAUAAUGUCAGGUCAGGUUCUUGUCUAACUUUUGAUUCACGCUGGCCAAUAAAAUAUUGUGGUUUCAGAUGA